GUAAUUAUAUAGAUCAGAGCGCAUUUCAACGAUUUCAAAGAUUUUCAAAUAUAUAUAUUAUUAUAUGUAUAUCAGGAUCAUUAUUCUGAGUAUGUAAUUUCAGAAAUACGACAUAUUGUAUGAUAUAUAUAAAAAUAUUUUUGAUACUUUUUACUUUGGUGUGAGUUGGGUUCGAUUAGCUCUAUUAGGUUUGAAUUAGAUUUAUGUCUUCUUUUUAUGUAUUAUCUUAUUAAACCUACGAUCAAACUUGAAAGUAUCAAAGAAAGAAAGUUUGUCUUUUACUGAUAGAACUUUUGACCUAAGUUAUGUUCCUUUCUUGUCCUUUAUAUACUUAAACAUAAUACGCAUAAACGCAUUGCAUGUCACAAACACAUGUAUAAUAUAAUCAUGUCCGUACAUAAACUUAUUAAUUAAUUUAUAAAAAUAUGGAAAAUAUUUUUAUGAAUACCUCAAAAACUAAAGCCGAGUAGCGGUUAUACAUAUUCAGAACAUUGAUCUUGACAAAAUAUUUGAAAAUCUCUGGAAUCGAUGCUCUGAUCCGUGUAAUUACCAAAGUUGCUUUUACAAUUAUAUCAGAUAACUAUUAGUUCUAUAUAUUUUAUUCGUGGUUUCGAUUGAUACAACAUUUGAUGGAGCAAUAUUGAACUAUUUAAUGCAAACAGCAAUUUCAAUAUAUUAACUAUUUGUAACAGUAUGCGCGCUUCAUCGAGAUGCAGAUAUUAAACUACAAUUUUUCAAUAUCACACGUUUGUUUCUUCGCCAAAAAUUUCACGUUGUAUUCAUCAUAUGCAGGUCACAUUCAUACGUCUCACAUACGUGAAACGUAGACCUUGACAAUGACAACUACGUUUAUUUAAGUUUGUUCUUUAUUGGAAUCAUGGCUGAUUCAAUUAAACCUUGCUGUCGCAUACGCCGUAAAAGCGAAGUGGAUCGUAUCACGGUGAUAUCGAUUAUGUGUAGGGACUUAUCUAAUCUCUGACCAUGUAUUCCGGCAGGGUCCUCGUCUAGGUACCAUUUUUGUGUAUAAUCUGAUUGGUGUAUCGGCAUCUACGAGGUUAUUUGUUGCAUAUUGGCUGCUCUCCAGUAAACCAGUGUUCACAUUUCUAAUUAUAUCUCAAGUAUAAUAACUGAUAAUAUAUUUAAAAACAAGAAAUAUUUGUUUAUCGCAAGAAAUGUUUCGUGAUAGAUAAUAUUAAAACGUUGCAAGAAGUGUGACGUGGAAUCGUGAGUUUUUUAUGACUUUCCGUUCUUUACGCGAAAUAUACGAAUAUUUAUAGAAAUUGAUUAUAAAUAUAUUAUGUGCGUUUCAUUAUACAAAAUGCUUCUUUUUUUUUUUCUUUUGUAUUUCUAAAGCUUAGUUAUUUUUAUCGAUAGAGAAAAUUAUGUCACAAUAAAAUUAUUUUAGAAUGACGUACAUUGUGAUUCAUAAUUCUUUUUCCUCGAGAUUAUUUCUUGCGAGAUUUUUAAGUAGGAUAAAUUAAGAAUUUUUUAAAAGUAUAAGUUGAUGUGCUUUUAUGCAUUAUAGGUACACGUGCUUCUAUUUUUUGUAGAAAAGUAUUCAAGGAUUAGUGUCUGAAAAUAAUUAAUUUACCAGAUACUUUAAUUUUCAUUUUAUAUUCAUAAUUGCCUUGUUUAAAGUUAUUUAUGUGUUGAAAUGAAACACUCAGUAUAAGAAUGCAUAUAGUCUGUUCACAAAUUGAAAAUUUCAAUUAUCGUCUAUAGUAAGGAACAAAUAGGCACAUAUGUGAUCUUUCAUACCACAAAUCUCACAUAUUGAUAAAUACUCGACUAUGGAAAUCAGGCGUGCGUGUGUACAUCGUUGAAAAUAUCAGCACUGAAUAUUAUUUCAAUAACUUUGAUUAUCUAGAUAAAAUAUUAUCUAAUUUAGCUAAAAGUUAUUAUAAAACGAUUAUGAAUUCGUUUGAGUACGCAUAUAAUUUUUCCUUGAAUUUUUCUCUCUUCCUAUAUAUACGUAUCAUAUACAGGGUGAAUCACGAAACAUGAUCAGUUGAGCCACCCGAAAAUAUUUUUGUCUGGUAGGUGGUAGAACAUAAUUCAAAGCAAGUUUUAAAAUAAUUAUAGUAACUUUCUUUUCUAUUCUUUUUUUUACGAUGUUUUCAAGUUUUCCAUAGAUAAGUCUACUUAUUCAUUUUUUUACACGGCAAAUAUUAUGGCAAAUAUGUUUUUGUCAUCUGAACCAAAGGAACAUCAAAAGAGUAUCCUUUACCUUAAUUGAGAGAAUGUUCAAAAUUGUAUCUACCAGGUUCGAUACAUUUGUGUAGAUGGCAAACUAAUUAUAUUUUGGCAAAUUUAGAUGGCUUUUUUUCAAAUUUUUCUUCGGUUCUGCGGAAAAGGAAUGUUUGCUCUGAUACUUGCCAAAUUCGUCGCUUUUCGAUAGAAUUUUCAAUUGACCUACAGACCUAACCAGACCUAACUUAACCUACUUGACCUAACAACAAAAUAACCAGAACUGGUCACGUUUUGUGAUGCAUCCUAUAUAUAAAUCAGUUUUAAAAUAAAAAUAAUAAAAUAAUUGAACAGAUUUUUAUCUUCGUUUCAAAUAAAAUGUUCCUAAGCUCAAGAGAUAUAACAACAUUAAAAUUGCAAAGGGUCGUUGGAAGAACUUGAACAUUGAAAGCUAUAAUGCUAGUUUCCAAUCCUUAUUAAUUUUUUAAGCAUACUGAAAAUAAUGUUUUCAAACGUUUUAACAUUAUUGGAGAACCAAAAUACAGUUGGAAAACUUGAAUGUUUUGGAAAUCGUCAAUUUACAAAAGUUUCGAAGAUUUUAAAAAAGGAAAUAUAUUAAAAAUUUAUUGUUUAUAGAAUUUAACAUUUACAUAUCUUGUAAUUGCUUCGUAUAUUAUCUUGUAAAUAUUUCAUGCAGUCAUUUCGGUAUAAAACAUCAAAUAUUAAAAACUCGAUAAUUUCAAGAUGUAUAAAAUUGUAAAUUCUCAAGGCCAUUGAAAUCUUAAGAAAUUUACAGAAAUAUACAAGACGCAGGUUUCAGAAUACGUUUUUAAGGUUUUUAGAAGUUCUGCCCUAAGAAUUGUUUCAUUGCUAAUAAACAUCAUAGCAUUGUAAAACAAAGCAAUACAAAGUUUCACGUUUAAACAAAUCUGUAGCAAUUAUUUUCAAGCUCUCUUUUCAUAAUUAAAAUAAAUACCACGUUUCAUUUUUAUAUUACUAUUCCACUAAUUAUUCGUCCUUUUAACAUCACAUUAAACAACUGAUAAAAUAAGGCGAAAAUAAAAUUCUUUUUUCCUUUGGUCAGUAUCAAGUACAUAUAGUUGUUAAGUAUAAAUCGAUUGCAAAUAUAUUAUAUAUCUUCAUAUAUUAAGCAGAGGCUUGUUUCAUCCACUAAAUAUUAUAACAAGUACCAUAUUUUAAAUAUAUAUUUUAUAUAUCUUGUGUGUCAUGCACAUCUUGUACGUUUUGCUUAUUUAAAUGUUCCUCGUUUUCUUACAUUUAAAUUUAUUUAAGUUUACAUAAAUACACGAUAAUUUACGAUUCAUUUCAUAAAAAUGUUAUCACAUUUUAUUUUCCUUCGUCCAAGAAAAACUUUCUUACAGCAAAAAUCACAUAAUCCAAUAUUACACUUAUAAUGAUUAUAAUAUGACGAUGAUUAUGAUAUAAAAUGAUUAAAUCCGUAAUUUAUGAAAUAUUCUACGUACAAACUAACUAACUCGCGUGUUAUACAUUUACAGAAAAUUUCAAAAUACACGUUAAUCUUUAUACAGGUUUCAUUUCCUUGAUUAUGUCAAUAAAAAUACGAAAUUACAUAAAAAUCGAUUGCUUAAUAAUUAUACAAUAUUUCAAUAAAUUCUCACAUAAAGAGUGCACACAAACGCGAAGAAUAUUGCGAUGGUUAUGCACGCACGACUGACCUUCACGAAGAAUUUGAGUGUUUCGUGGCAAAAAUACGGAUGACACGGAAAGCGAACGUGAACGUAGUUGGAGGAGGGAGCGCGAAAAGCCGCGGCGAAUUCACGUUUGCAGUAGACGAUCAUCGGCGCGCUUGUUUCGCAAUACAAGCCUCCGUGUAGGUAGUCUGGAAGAAGCGUCGCUUUGUUCGCGUGAAACGUGCCGCGAGUGCUCGCCAGGUUUCGACGUGAACACACGAUACGUUUAUUGCCCGCCCAUUAUUCAGUGUGGUAUUACUUCCGUGUCUUCCAUCAACGCGUUCUCUCCUUCUGUUUCACUUGAAUAAUCUGACUACGUUAUGAAGUUUAAUAGUGCUCCUAUGUGUUUUUAAAAAAUGUUUCAAAUUCGAAAUAGACUAAAUUUUCUUAUACCUUGGAUAAAUUUUUUAAUGUGAUAAACUAAUAAGCUCGAUAACUAAACCUCGUAAAUUUUCAAAUUAUCACUUAAGAAGAUUAAAACCGUAUUUUUAAGAAUGAAGAACUCUUUGAUAACUAAAUCUGAUAAUCUUUAAAUUUAAUUAACGUUACGAAAAUUAUAAAAAUUAUAUUUUCAAAAUUUUCGAGUAAAUGUUUCACUUUUAUUUUGAUUUUCACGCUGUAGUUUCAUACUGUACAUUUACUAAUUUUUAUCAUAAUGUAUGAUUCUUAAAAUAUUAAAUUGUUCAUUAAAUACCAAUUUUAAAUACGAGUAGUGUGAUGUAACAUGAAUUUCAAUUUGUCCAUAAACGUGAAGGUGGAGUAAAUCAGAAGAUGAUUUUAAAGUUGUAUUAAGUGAUGUCACGUGGAAAGUGCAAAGUGUAAUGAGUUGAACAAAGGUCCCGAAAUCUUGUUGUAAUCGAUAAGAUAAUUCAAAGAUAUCGGAUUAUAAAUAGUAAUAAAACAAAAGCGAAAGAAAUUUUUGGGACAAUCUAAUAUAAUAAAAGUAAUACAAAAUGUCUGAAGAAUCAAAUUUCUACCAACUUCGUAGAAAUUCGUAAGCGUAUAAUCUUGUCAUACCCUCGAACAAAUCCUCUACAAUUAGACAGUGCAUACUUUUUGUAGCAUUUUUAUUCGCAAAUGUAAGGUGACAAUGUGCAAAUAUCCUUAACGAACGGUAUUAUGUUCGAACAUUGAAAGACUUCUCGAUAAAAAGUGAAAAUGUCAAAUGCAAACUUACCACGCGUCGACGACCUAGAGAAGAGUCCUCAAUGGACCAUUCUCGCCAAUGAAAUAAAUGGUCUGGAACAACUAUGUCGCUUGAACAACCAUCGUCAUCCCAGACGGCAACCAUUGAGAUAUAAUUAUCAUCGAUAUUCGAUGCCUCAGAUGCAAAAAGCAACAUCUGUUUGGAUAGAACCUAGCAACGAAUUGAACGAAGAUUUUCAAGGAAACAAUGAAUUUCCAAAAUAUCAUACUGGAGAGACAUAUCGGUGGAACUGGAGACCGAAGACAGAAUUCGAAAGAACUUAUUUUUUCUAUGAUUAUAAUCAAGGGAAUCUUCAGCAUGACACGCAGAAUCAUUAUACUCCUCCUCAUUGUAAUAAAUCUUUAAGUCAAAAUGUAAAUACUCAAGAAUCCGAUGAAUAUCAGACAUGUCAUAGUUCGUUGCUCCGAUCAGAUCGAUCCUUGAACUCUUUCAACGAGGGCAGCUGCGCACAGAUUUACAAUAGGAUCUACGACAACGAGCCUGCUUAUAGUGGAACCAGAGAAAGACUGCACGAGAUCUUCGAGCGCAACAGAUACUUGAGAAGAAAGUUCUUCUCCAGCACACCAGACAACGAUGCGACCGAUUAUAUUGGUGACUUUCCCAAGGAACUUGAGAACAAAAAUCCCAGCUCGACGUUGAAAUAUAACGGAUUCGGAAGUACAGAAACCAUCACCAGUCAAAGCAAUCAGUCAUCCUUAAGUAGCAACGACAGGAAAUCUAGGUGUCAAUCGAACGUCACUACUCUUGGGGCCGAGGAAGACAUUUGCAAUAGCGAGUUCUCUCACAAGACCAGUUAUUCGAAGAACAGUUCGGUAAACGUGGAUCACAUGCAAGACGGACGCAUUAUGUCGACCACGACAAAUGGAAAAUUGUUAGUGAACAUUAAAUCAGAAAAUGAGGUAUGUCAAGUGAACGAAUCUACGAGCUUACAUAACGCAGUUCCUAUGGAAAAUUUUACUCAAAAUAACAGUUUAAUACCUAGCCAAAAGUUCAAUUCUAUGGAUAAUUCCAAGUAUGAUUUAGAUCAUGUUAAACAACGCGAUACAGUUAGUCAAUACGAAUCAAAUGCAUGGGCGUGCUAUCAACAUAACUUGGAGCAUAAAAACGAGGGUAAAUAUCAAAAUGGAGAGCGUAAAAUUAAUGGUAGUAAUGAAAAAAUUGAUCAACUUUCGAAUUCUCAAACGACAAAAGAUAUACUUCAACAGCAGCAAGAAACAAACAAAACUAACAAAUCUGAGAAAUACGAGACCUUGAGCAAAAAUCAAAAUAAAGAUGUGUAUAUUUCAAAUCUAAAGGAGCAGGAAAUAAAUACAGAACCUGAAGAUUCCAAAUAUUCGUAUCGAUUGCAGGAUAAUUAUAAAUUAGUACAAAAUAUCGUAGGAUCGGACUUGUCUAUUUCUGAGAUCAAUAAAUCAAAUGGAACGCCAUUUGACAAAGAUAAAACUUGGAUGAAAGAUAAAUUCACUUCACGAGCGACAACAAAUAGGUGGGAUUCUUUACAAAAUCUGUGCAUGUCCCUACCAAAUUUAUCAUUUUACGAAAAAACGUCGAAUUCUUCGGAUAAUAAUUUUACGAAUAAUUUAGCAGCAAAUCUAUCCCUUCAAUGUGAUUCGAAAUCAGGAACAAAAUCUGAACUAUCAAUGAACAUCCCAAACGAACAAGGCAGACAAGAAACAACAAGACUCGCAGAUAUUUCGCGUCACAUGUCGAUCUAUCAAAUACUUGCAGAGAACCAACGAGCUUAACUUUACGAAGAGUGAAAAUAACAAAAGUGCCACCUCCUCUGGACUUGUUCAGAGUGAACGAAAAGUACGAAGAAAUAGAAGCUUUUGAGAGGAAACAGUUUAACACGAUGAACGCGUCUCCCGUUCGAAAUUACGAUCGCCCUGU